AUGAUGCUCCUCCACUCUCUGAUCAUUCUUGCCACUUUGUUCACGCUGCCCUCCGGCUGCAUUGCCGUUACCACAAACAACAAACCUACUCGUACCUGCAGCUCAACAAUUGGCCUUUGUUUCAACCAAGUCUCCGAUCCAGCAACUCAGAUGUCCGUAGGCCUUGUGCUCCCACCAUCCGGCUCUUUUAACCGCGAGUUCAUCGCCCAAGUCACUAUUCCGUUGCCUUAUGGGGCAGCCGGUUUUUCUCUAGUGGAUACUCAGGGCACUGGCAGUACUAGUGCAAACGACCAAAAGGCCGAUGAAUUUUUCGGAACUGAGCCGGUCAUGCUGGAAUGGUUUCUUGCUGCUACUCAACACACGGCGGCGGGAGCUGUAUCGGUUAAUGUACUACUCGUUCAGCGAUCUAUGCCGAGUCCAGACAAGGCACAGCUCGUUCCGAUGGUCUCCGACGCUAACAUCACUGUGUCGCCACUCUCCGCAUAUACUGCGACAAAUGCCACGUUCAUCUACAGGUGCAAAAAAUGCUUCAACAUGGACAGUUCUGGCUAUUUGUUACUUUUCCGGACCGAUGCAUCUCCCAUGUACCCGGCACCUGGUGCGUACAAUGCCAGCUUCACUACGAAAGGUGCUACCAUCACUCGGAUUGACCUGGCCAACAUAAGCGAGUUCGAGAGCAGAGACUACGCUAGCUUCUUGUCAGCUGCGUCGUUGGAAUGA